AUGUAUAAUAACGCCAAGCCAAUGCAGCAACGAGGACAAGGACUUACUGAAAGAGCACCUCUUCUUAAUGAUGAAAAUUCUUCUCUAGGAGUUGGCAUUCCUCGGGUUUACCGGAACACAAAAUCUCGGGAAGUUCUAGGCGAACUACCUCGUCCUACAUCGAUGGACAUUGAUAGUAAUAAACUCAACGUUUUGUCAGACGUCACAUCACAUAUACAACAGCAAAGAAAACGACCUUUAAGGAAUUCGAAGCUUGGAAACUCUUGUUCCCAAGAUGAGAACUUGGGCCAUAAUCAACAAAAAUAUAAACUAACAACUAACCGAAUUCCAUGCAAACCCAGUUUUACAGUACAUGUUGACAGUGAUGAGAAUACCAACUCUAAGCCUGAAGAACCUAAACUUAUUGGUGCUGCUUGUAAAGAUCUGCAUGUGGAGGAGAGACUUGAUCUUCAUGAUGCUGUCACAGCUCUACCAAAACAGCCAUUUGACCGCAUUAGAGAACCUUUCAUUAUUGAGGAUGCAGAAUCUCCCAUGAUACUUGACACAAGCAUUGCUACAUUGGAUCAAUCAAGAGAGGAGAAAGAACAAGAUGAAAUAGAUAUUUAUAAAGAAGAUCUAUUUAAUUAUCAUCGGCAAGCUGAGGAGAAAUAUUUGCCAAAACCACACUAUAUGCAUAAGCAAACAGAUAUCACAUAUGGUAUGCGUAGCAUUCUGGUUGAUUGGCUCGUGGAGGUUGCUGAAGAAUAUAAAUUAUUUCGCCAGACUUUGUUCUUGUCUGUUAACUACAUUGAUCGUUUUUUGUCUACAAUGGCGGUAAAUAGAGGAAAGUUACAGCUUUUGGGGACUGCCUGUACAUUCAUUGCAUCGAAAUUUGAAGAAAUUGAGGCUCCAGAUCUUGGUGAAUUUGUCUACAUUACUGAUGAUACAUAUACUCGAAGCCAGGUCUUGAAAAUGGAGCAAAUGAUUCUGAAAGUUCUCUCUUUUAAUGUGGCUGUUCCCACCACAAAUACGUUCUUGGAGCAUUACCUUCAUGAGGCCAACCUUAACCAUCCUCAUCAUAAAUACCUCUCCAUGUUCUUGAUAGAAUUAACACUUCUUGAUGCCAACCCUUAUCUUCAGUUCUUGCCAAGCAUCAUUGCAGCUGCAGCUUUCUAUCUGGCUGCAAAAACUUUAGAUUUGAAGGAUCCCUGGCCCAGUGCUGUGGAGAAUCUUUCCGGCUAUUCUGUUGUUGACUUCUUGUGCUGUGCCAAGCUUCUGUGUGAAACCCAUAAAAAUGCAAAAACCCAUCCUCAGCAAGCCAUCUAUCAAAAAUACCAACAAACAAAAUACCACAUAGCUUCCUCACUUCACCCAUUGGCAGAUGUGAAGAGUUUAAGAUUCCAGUAA